UCAUAUAAAUAAAUUCAACUUCUGUUAAACUAACUUUACAAAUUUCACAUUUAGACCUGUUGCUUUAUUUGUUUGUUGAAUAGUUCUUUCCUUCAUUUACACGUCCUUGAGGCUGAACCAAUAAAACAGAAUGAAACUGGAGGACAGGUUUUACCCUAAAAUUCGAUUAAUCUUGCAUCAUGUGAAGUUUUUUUUUUUUUUUUUUGGAUCUUUUAUUGAAAGCAAGUAGAACUAGUCAGAGUCAUUACAAAGAGGAACUGAACGCCAUGUUAGAACAUGACGUUGUGCCCGUUAGUUGUAGUUGCAUCACAGUUCCUCCCAAAGCUUGCUAAGGGAUUCCACCACAACAUUGUCAUCUCGAUAAACAUGGCGAACUUCAGUAGGCCCAUUGCACCCAGGUUGAACCUGCAGUUAAUUCCAUACUUUGUAUGUUGUGUAUUCAUUGUUUUUUUGUUUCUUGAACUCCAUGUUUAACAUCUAAUGUUAUGAUGUAGAUAGAGGAAGAAAGAGAAUUUCCCACCCUCUUUUUCUGGUUAUAUUAUUUUAAGAAAAAGUCAACCUUAUACUUAGUAGGAUGCCAUUACUUGGGGGUAUCCUUCCUUUUUAGUGGGUGGCCAUGAAGGCUCUUAGUACUGACCUAGUCUUUAUUUGAACUUUGCUAUCAUCUUAGUGGCUAACCAUGAAGCAAAUACAUAAAUGUUAAGAAGGAUGUCACAAUUGGACUAUAAAAACCAGAGAUCCUAACUCCACCAUGCAACACAAGUCUUAGUUCUAUCCUUUCUUUUCUCUCCAAGAAUCACAAUGAGAAGCUUUUGGAAUUUGGGGAAAUUGCCUCUACUAGCAUUUGCUUUGGCAAUUUGCUUUGUAGCCAGCACUGUUGUUGCUGAUUACUCUUAUGGCUAUACUUCUCCCUCACCUUCUUACACCUCUAAGAAGUACUACAAAUCACCAUCUCCAUCCAACUAUCAUGAACCAACUCCAUACUACAAGAAACCGGAGAAACAUGCUGAACAUUCUCCAUCACACUAUUACAAGUCACCGGUGCCUUCCAAGCACGACUAUUACAAGUCCCCUACUCCUUCAAAGCAUUACUACAAAUCACCAGUAGUAGUGAAGUAUUACAAAUCACCAGUUCCUUCAAAGAAGUACUACUACAAGGCACCUUCCCAUUCAAACAAGUACUACAAGGCCCCUGCUCCUUCAAAGAAGUACUACAAGUCCCUUGCCCCUUCAAAGAACUAUUACAAGUCACCAUCUCCUGCAAAGUACUACAAAUCUCCUUCACCUGCAAAAUACUACAAGUCACCUGCUCCAUCAAAUCACUAUUAUUAUAAGUCACCAUCCCCUACAAAAUACUACAAAUCUCCAUCGCCUGCAAAAUACUACAAGUGGCCUUCACCAUCAAAUCACUAUUACUACAAGUCACCAUCUCCAACAAAAUAUUACAAGUCACCCGCUCCUUCUAAAUACUAUAAAUCUACCCCUUACUACAAGUCCCCUCCACCUCCCCCAUACUACAAAGAAUCUACCCCUUACUACAAGUCCCCUCCACCUCCCCCAUACUACAAAGAAUCUACCCCUUACUACAAGUCCCCUCCACCUCCCCCAUACUACAAAGAAUCUACCCCUUACUACAAGUCCCCUCCACCUCCCCCAUACUACAAAGAAUCUACCCCUUACUACAAGUCCCCUCCACCUCCCCCAUACUACAAAGAAUCUACCCCUUACUACAAGUCCCCUCCACCUCCCCCAUACUACAAAGAAUCUACCCCUUACUACAAGUCCCCUCCACCUCCCCCAUACUACAAAGAAUCUACCCCUUACUACAAGUCCCCUCCACCUCCCCCAUACUACAAAGAAUCUACCCCUUACUACAAGUCCCCUCCACCUCCCCCAUACUACAAAGAAUCUACCCCUUACUACAAGUCCCCUCCACCUCCCCCAUACUACAAAGAAUCUACCCCUUACUACAAGUCCCCUCCACCUCCCCCAUACUACAAAGAAUCUACCCCUUACUACAAGUCCCCUCCACCUCCCCCAUACUACAAAGAAUCUACCCCUUACUACAAGUCCCCUCCACCUCCCCCAUACUACAAAGAAUCUACCCCUUACUACAAGUCCCCUCCACCUCCCCCAUACUACAAAGAAUCUACCCCUUACUACAAGUCCCCUCCACCUCCCCCAUACUACAAAGAAUCUACCCCUUACUACAAGUCCCCUCCACCUCCCCCAUACUACAAAGAAUCUACCCCUUACUACAAGUCCCCUCCACCUCCCCCAUACUACAAAGAAUCUACCCCUUACUACAAGUCCCCUCCACCUCCCCCAUACUACAAAGAAUCUACCCCUUACUACAAGUCCCCUCCACCUCCCCCAUACUACAAAGAAUCUACCCCUUACUACAAGUCCCCUCCACCUCCCCCAUACUACAAAGAAUCUACCCCUUACUACAAGUCCCCUCCACCUCCCCCAUACUACAAAGAAUCUACCCCUUACUACAAGUCCCCUCCACCUCCCCCAUACUACAAAGAAUCUACCCCUUACUACAAGUCCCCUCCACCUCCCCCAUACUACAAAGAAUCUACCCCUUACUACAAGUCCCCUCCACCUCCCCCAUACUACAAAGAAUCUACCCCUUACUACAAGUCCCCUCCACCUCCCCCAUACUACAAAGAAUCUACCCCUUACUACAAGUCCCCUCCACCUCCCCCAUACUACAAAGAAUCUACCCCUUACUACAAGUCCCCUCCACCUCCCCCAUACUACAAAGAAUCUACCCCUUACUACAAGUCCCCUCCACCUCCCCCAUACUACAAAGAAUCUACCCCUUACUACAAGUCCCCUCCACCUCCCCCAUACUACAAAGAAUCUACCCCUUACUACAAGUCCCCUCCACCUCCCCCAUACUACAAAGAAUCUACCCCUUACUACAAGUCCCCUCCACCUCCCCCAUACUACAAAGAAUCUACCCCUUACUACAAGUCCCCUCCACCUCCCCCAUACUACAAAGAAUCUACCCCUUACUACAAGUCCCCUCCACCUCCCCCAUACUACAAAGAAUCUACCCCUUACUACAAGUCCCCUCCACCUCCCCCAUACUACAAAGAAUCUACCCCUUACUACAAGUCCCCUCCACCUCCCCCAUACUACAAAGAAUCUACCCCUUACUACAAGUCCCCUCCACCUCCCCCAUACUACAAAGAAUCUACCCCUUACUACAAGUCCCCUCCACCUCCCCCAUACUACAAAGAAUCUACCCCUUACUACAAGUCCCCUCCACCUCCCCCAUACUACAAAGAAUCUACCCCUUACUACAAGUCCCCUCCACCUCCCCCAUACUACAAAGAAUCUACCCCUUACUACAAGUCCCCUCCACCUCCCCCAUACUACAAAGAAUCUACCCCUUACUACAAGUCCCCUCCACCUCCCCCAUACUACAAAGAAUCUACCCCUUACUACAAGUCCCCUCCACCUCCCCCAUACUACAAAGAAUCUACCCCUUACUACAAGUCCCCUCCACCUCCCCCAUACUACAAAGAAUCUACCCCUUACUACAAGUCCCCUCCACCUCCCCCAUACUACAAAGAAUCUACCCCUUACUACAAGUCCCCUCCACCUCCCCCAUACUACAAAGAAUCUACCCCUUACUACAAGUCUCCUCCACCUCCCCCAUACUACAAAGAAUCUACCCCUUACUACAAGUCCCCUCCACCUCCCCCAUACUACAAAGAAUCUACCCCUUACUACAAGUCCCCUCCACCUCCCCCAUACUACAAAGAAUCUACCCCUUACUACAAGUCCCCUCCACCUCCCCCAUACUACAAAGAAUCUACCCCUUACUACAAGUCCCCUCCACCUCCCCCAUACUACAAAGAAUCUACCCCUUACUACAAGUCCCCUCCACCUCCCCCAUACUACAAAGAAUCUACCCCUUACUACAAGUCCCCUCCACCUCCCCCAUACUACAAAGAAUCUACCCCUUACUACAAGUCCCCUCCACCUCCCCCAUACUACAAAGAAUCUACCCCUUACUACAAGUCCCCUCCACCUCCCCCAUACUACAAAGAAUCUACCCCUUACUACAAGUCCCCUCCACCUCCCCCAUACUACAAAGAAUCUACUCCUUCCUAUAAAUCACCUCCACCUCCACCAUACUACAAAGAAUCUACUCCUUCCUAUAAAUCCCCUCCCCCUCCCCCCCACCACACCCUCCCCCUCCACCAUACUACAAAGAAUCUACUCCUUCCUAUAAAUCCCCUCCCCCUCCACCAUACUACAAAGAAUCUACUCCUUCCUAUAAAUCCCCUCCCCCUCCACCAUACUACAAAGAAUCUACACCUUCCUAUAAAUCUCCUCCACCCCCAUCAACCUACUAUUAAAAUAGUUACUAAUUCUAUCAUUUCCACCAUUUCCAUGAAUUCUAACUCCUACUUUGAGUAUCUCUAUUUCCUCAGCCAAAAUUUUAUGUAUUCUUCAAGAAGGUUUUGCUUGUUUUGUGUGUUCCUUUCUUUUAAUAAUUUGUAA